AACUACUAUUUAAACCAUUUUUUUUUAAAUUGAUGAAAAUGGGUUUUUUUUAUUUUAAAGAAUUAUAUCUUGAUCAUGCAUUAAAAUAUGACACCUAUUCAUUAUGGCACUGUCAGUUUUAAAAUUUACAUCAUCUCAGUGUUACGUUUUGACGGAAUUAUCUUGAAUUAUUUAUAGUCUGAAAACAAGAAAUGCCAACUGAAGUACUAUCACCAGAGAAGAUUAGAGAUAAUCUUCAGGUCCAACUAGAUGAAUUGGAAAGUCUUCAAUCGAUGUUCUGUAAUCCUGGCGAACUAAAAGUGGAUUUCCCUAGUUUCUAUGAAAUUAAAGAAUACCUUGAGGGUAAUAUGUCUGCACCAGGUGGGCAUUUGGACUAUACAAUUAAUAUAGACAUAGACAAAUUCAAGUUUGAAAUAUGUGUUAACCUUCCACUAGAAUAUCCAGACGUGACGCCAGAAAUGUUCAUCAGAAACUCCAAACUGAAUAAGGUGCAGCAUAUUGCAAUCAAUAAGGAAAUAAGUAAUUUUUUAAACAGUCUAGAUAGAGGCGAACCUUGUAUUUUUACAGCAGUUUCAUGGCUACAAGACAACUACGAAAAAUACAUUCAAAUACAAGAAGAUCCUAAACCUAGUCAAACGCAGAAAAAUGAGGACCUUGUAAGAUAUUGGAUUUAUGCUCAUCAUAUUUAUAGUAAAACUAAACGGAGAGAGAUCGUGGACCAAGCCCACAAUUACUCCUUGAACGGGUUUUGUUUGUCAGGAAAACCUGGAAUAAUUUGUGUGGAAGGAACAGUGGAUGACUGUGACGCCUGGUGGCAAAUCAUUAAAUCCAUGAACUGGAAAAAAAUAUUCCGCAAGUGCACAGAAGAAGACAAAGAGAAAGGAAACAAUUUCCUCAAGUUCUCUAGUUUUACUGAAAUUAGUUUUCCAACCGGAGGAUCAUUGCCCAACCAUAGUGAUAUGGGAGAGUUUAAUAAAUAUCUGGAUAAACAAGGCCUUGGAUAUAUGUUUAAAGAUAUUUUCGGACUUGAAGGUUAAUUACAAUAUGAUCUCAAAUAUAUUCCUAUUCACUUAAUUGUUUAUCAAUACCCGUUACCAAUUGAAAAUACGUUGAAAUUGUUUAUAUAUUUUUUUACUAUUGAUUUUAUAAUAAAUGUAUAAAAAUA